AUGGCCGCUUUUUCGGACCCAAAAGAUGCGGAAAAUACAAAACGUCGUGUACAAAAUCACGUCCAAGACCUGAUUGCACAGAAUUGGCAUCCAACAUCCGAAACCGAUCCAUCCACGUCAUCGGCCUCAAGGAGCAGUUACAACACGGCCUGGAGCAUUUUUGACCAAUUUAUGUCCACCACCGUCACGAAGCAACAAGGAACACCUCUUUCGAAAGCUAUCAAAGAGGUGCAAAAGUACGUCGAUGAUGACAUUUUGCCACGUAAAGACUCUUCUGAGCCACCCGCUGUCGCUGCAGAUGCUGAUCAGAAUGUCCCGCCGCCUCCCCGAGCUGCCCAGCCUCCAACCAUACUAGCAGACGGGGCACUAGAACAGGUAUUACGCCACAAUGUGUGUGCAUCUGCAAAAGAACUGGCAGGAUUGCGCAACGGCACUGUGUGGUUGACAUCCAGGGGCGAAAUUUUACGCACUCUACCCCGGCCCGCACAUUUUAGAUCGGCAGCGUACCCUGCCGCUGACGCUAGACAGAUCGCUGAAAACAUCGGUGCUCCCGCGGACGUCGAUGAAUCACGUAGGGAAUCAGUGGACCUGUCAGGACACACAUCCUUGGAAAUAGUCACCCCUGAUACUACCACCGCAUCUGACCGACCACCCGAGCCGGCCGAGCGUUCCAAAAUAAAGUACAUAUCUGCUAGGUCAGUAAAAACUCGCAUGGUCAGCUUCCAAUCUUCCACUCCAACAACUGCUCCUUACUCUGCACUUUGUGAACAGCUCAGUGCACUCACGACAACUACAGACAAAGCAGCAGUACAGCCGCUGCUCACAUCACGGAGCCCCCUUGCCCGAGAUCUGCCUUCAAUGCAGAUGAUAUUAGCAUACAUGAGUGGUUCCAACGCUUCCCACAUAGAGACGGCAGCAGUGGUGCGCGGCCUGUGUUAUGCAAUGGCUGCUUGUCCUGACAUGUACGACUUCGACAGGACUACCAAACACUUCCUCCGUCGUGAAACGCGCCAAGAGACCCUCCCCCCAUAA